AUGACCAUACUUUUAAACUGACAGGCUUGGGCCCGACCAAUCCGCUCGUGAGUCACAGCGUUUUUAGGGCUCGUUUUUACUUGAGUUUGUUCAGCUUCACAAGGGUGACAAAACACUUGCGUCGCCUGUUGGGAACGGUUGUGAACAGCUUGUCCUUUUGGUAAAACUCAAGUCGCUGUCAUGGCGAAGGAUAAAGAUCCAAACAAGCCUCGGGGCAAAACUUCUGCCUAUGCAUUCUUCGUUGCAACAUGCCGAGAAGAACACAAGAAGAAGCACCCUGGUACCUCUGUUGGCUUUGCAGAGUUCUCAAGAAAGUGCUCUGAGCGGUGGAAGACCAUGUCCAGCAAGGAAAAGUCCAAAUUUGAUGAGAUGGCAAAGAAUGACAAGGUUCGUUAUGACAGAGAGAUGAAGGAUUAUGUCCCCCCGAAGGGUGUCAAGAAGGGCAAGGCCAAGAAAGACCCCAAUGCCCCAAAAAGGCCCCCUUCUGCCUUUUUUGUGUUCUGCUCUGAACACCGUCCCAAGAUCAAAGAAGAUAACCCUGGAAUCUCCAUUGGUGACAUAGCUAAAAAGCUUGGUGAGCUCUGGUCAACACAGGGUCCCAAAGAAAAGGCUCCCUAUGAAGCUAAGGCUGCCAAACUGAAGGAAAAGUAUGAAAAGGAUGUUGCUGCAUACAAAGCCAAGGGUGGCUCUGGCAAGAGUGAUGCUGGCAAGAAAAGUGGCCCGGGCAGGCCCUCUGCAAAGAAGCCUGAACCUGAAGAUGAUGACGACGAUGAUGAAGAUGAGGAUGACGAAGAAGAGGAGGAUGAAGAGGAGGAUGAAGAUGAUGAUUGAGCAGUUUACAAUACAUUGUUCAGUGAAACUAGAUAUGCAACUGUAUGUAUGCUUGCUGUUCCCAGUUUGUCUGUCAGGCAGUUUCUGAUUGUCAUUUAGUUUUCCAUAUCUAGCUCUCAUGUUAGUGCCAGCUGAACAUGACUGGUCUACCAAUGUUGCAAACACUGGACAGCAGCUCGGCAGUUAAGUUUUUUAAGAGUUUAAUUGCUUCUUCAGGUACUGCACAUGUUUGUUUAGUGGUGCCUGUCUUCACUGUUUUACUACCAUUUUUUUUUCUUUAGUGUUAUCUACAGCCAUUUUAUUGUGGAGGUUUGAUGUAGAACAGAUUUUCUUUUGUAAUAAAAUUUUGUAUAUUAAUUUUUGGCUGUGUUGGGCGGGGCUUGUCUUGAACGAUGGGGUAGUUUACUUGAUUUUUAUGUUUGACAAUUGUUAGUCUCCUGAGACUGAAAGCUCAAUAGAAAUCUUGGUGUAGUACUGGCCAUCAGUCAGGGCUCAGAUGUAAAAUGCUAAUUGGUAGCUUAAAAUACACGUCGAUUCUAUUUCACUGGACUGUUUAAAUUGAAAGUAAACCUUUUAAAGUUGUGGUAAGGACUUUGUGCGUU